AGGAGGAGGAGAGAGGGACUGGAGAGGGUUGCUUUGUAUCAAGAUCCGAUGAAAGAUAACAGGCUAUUGCAAUAAGAGGGCAAGAGAGGUGGGGGCAGAAUGACGUUGAUUCGGGGCUAUUGAUCUCUCCUUCCCCUCUAUAUGGGGUCAGUAGUUUGAUCAGAGCGCGCGCAGGAUCACACAGAAGAGCCACACACGCGCUUUUGCCAUGUAACACGAAGCGGUGCGUAUAGAGAUAUCCAACAGGACACUCAUCACCAAUCCGAUCCCGUCUGUCUCUAAACUGAUGACGGGAAUAAAUCAGAUUAUCCAGCAGGACAGGAGAGCGACACGUUAUAUCUCUGAAGAAAAGUAACUGGUGUGGAUUGACAGAUGAUGGUACGGUCAGGAUCAACAGAUCUGAUCAUGAAUCCGGUCCGAAUCUCCGUGAUGAUGAUGUUCUUCUUCGCUUCUGUUCAUAUCUCGUGCCCAUCGCAGUUCCCCAGUCCUCUCAUGAUAAAAGAAUGGGUCGAUCAACUGCAGCAGGAGCUGGUUGCUCUAGCAGACACAGCCAGCGCUGGGAAUAAUCUAAAACAGAUCUUUAUGGAUAAUCAGAAUUUAUUCACUGUGGAAACAAAUAAUGCAGCACAGCUUGUGGAAUCAGCGGCUCGGAAUAUAGAAAGUUUUUUGAAGAAGCGAGCCGCAGCUCUAGAGACUUUGGCAACUGCAGCAGAGAAAUUCCAAAUGGAGCAUCAAUGGAAAGAUGAAUUUGAAGACAAUGAUAUAGUUUACUUUAAUGCCAAGGAUAAUCUUGAUGCCAAUGAAACAGAAGGAAGGAAAAACCGGAUCAGACCUGAAUUUAAAGAAGACCCGUCAUUCAAAAACCGCUUCACCUCCUACAACUAUACGGGUGUGCAUAUCCCUACGGACAUAUAUGACGGCUCCACCAUUGUUUUGAAUGAGCUGAACUGGACUGAAGCAUUGGAAGAUGUCUUUAAGAAAAACCGAGAAGAGGAUCCAACGCUACUAUGGCAAGUGUUUGGCAGUGCUACUGGAUUAGCUCGCUUUUACCCAGCUUCCCCUUGGAUGGAUGCCAGGAAAACACCCAGUAAAAUCGACCUGUACGAUGUGCGCCGGCGACCUUGGUAUGUUCAAGGUGCGGCUUCGCCCAAGGACAUGCUGAUUCUUGUUGAUGCGAGUGGAAGUGUGUCUGGACUGACCCUUAAACUGAUCCGAACUUCUGUCAGUGAAAUGCUGGAGACACUUUCCGAUGAUGAUUAUGUCAAUGUUGUCCAUUUCAACACAAAAGUGAAUAACACAGCAUGUUUCGACCACCUGGUUCAAGCUAACGUUCGCAAUAAGAAGAUCUUGAAAGAUGCAGUACAGAACAUUACAGCCAAGGGCAUUACCAACUAUACCAAAGGCUUUGAAUUUGCAUUCAAUCAGCUCUCAAAUCCAAACGUCAGCAGAGCAAACUGCAACAAGAUUAUAAUGCUGUUUACUGAUGGAGGCGAGGAGAGAGCAGAAGACGUCUUCAGCAGAUACAAUAUUGACAAAAAGGUGCGAGUGUUCACGUUCUCUGUUGGUCAACACAACUAUGACACAGGGCCAAUAAAGUGGAUGGCCUGUGCUAACAAAGGAUAUUUCUACGAAAUCCCUUCCAUUGGAGCCAUCCGCAUAAACACACAGGAAUAUCUAGAUGUUUUGAGUAGGCCGAUGGUCCUUGCAGAUGCUAAACAAGUGCAGUGGACCAAUGUUUACCUGGAUGCUCUGGAGUUGGGCCUAGUCAUCACAGGCACACUACCUGUGUUCAACAAGACCAAAUCCAGGGUGGGAGGAUCUCGGAACCAGCAUCAGAACCAGUUGAUUUUAGGAGUGAUGGGGGUGGAUGUGUCUCUCGAUGAUAUCAAAAGAUUGACGCCCCGCUUCACAAUUGGUCCUAAUGGAUAUUAUUUCGCAAUCGACCCUAACGGUUACGUGCUGCUCCAUCCAAACCUGCAACCAAAGAACCCCAAAUUCCAGGAACCUGUUACACUGGAUUUUCUGGAUGCAGAGCUGGAAAAUGACAUUAAAGUCCAGAUACGGACUUUGAUGAUUGACAGAGACCCUGGGGAGAAAACGAUCGAAACGCUUGUGAAAUCUCAAGAUGAGAGAUACAUUGAUCGAGGAAUCAGGACAUACACCUGGGCACCAGUUAAUGGGACAGACUACAGCCUGGCCUUGGUCUUGCCUGAAUACAGUCUGCAUUACAUCGAGGCAAACCUGGGGAACACUAUAAAACAAGCCAUGUUCUCUGAGACCAUGCAGCAGGAGAAAUUUGAGGAAUAUGGGUACACCUUUAUUGCACCCAGGGAAUACUGCAAGGACCUAAAAGUGACAUCCAACAACACACAGUUCCUGAUGGACUUCAAUGAGUACAUUGACAGAAAAACACCAAAUGAUCCUAUGUGUAACGUCACUCUUGUAAACCGAUUGCUGCUGGAUGCCGGUCUCACGGCGGACCUCGUCAAAGUCUGGAAGGAGCAGAGUGUAGAUGGAGUUUUGGCCCGGUUUGUGACUACAGAUGGAGGCAUUACACGUGUGUAUCCUAAAAGUGCUGGGGAAGAAUGGGGUGAAAACUCUGAGACCUAUGACUCAAGUUUUUACAAAAGGAAUCUGGACAAUGACAUAUACAUCUUCACUGCCCCAUACAUCAACAAGAGCAGAGAGUCUGGUUAUGAGUCUGGUAUCCUUGUCAGUAAAGCAGUGGACUUGGACAUUAAUGGAGCAAAACUCAAACCUGCUGUGGUGGGAGUCAAACUCAACGUGUCGGCCUGGAUGAACAGCUUCAUAAACGCUACCACCAAGAAAAAUUGCAAGGAUGAGAUCUGUGGGUGCCUCAGGAAUGAUAAGCAAGUGGACUGUGUGAUUCUGGAUGAUGGCGGCUUUCUGCUCAUGUCCAAUCAGGAUGAUUAUAUCACGCAGAUUGGUCAGUUCUUUGGUGAAGUGGACCCUGUUUUGAUGAUCACUCUGGUCAACUCUUCGCUGUUCUCCUUUAAUAAAACCUACGACUACCAGUCCGUCUGUGACCCAGAGAGAGAAACGAAAGCUGCUGCAGGACCCCGUUCUAUAUACGUGCCAACGAUAGCAGAUAUGCUAACUGUAGGCUGGUGGGCCUCCACUGCGGUCUGGACAAUUUUGCAGCAGCUUCUCCUCAGUCUGACUCUCCCAAAUGUCAUGGGCACAGCAUACUCGGAGGAUGACCUCUCGGAUGCGUUCUCCAAAGAGAGCUGUAUCACCGAACAGACUCAGUAUUUCUUUGAGAACGAGAACAAAUCUUUCUCUGGAGCGAUGGACUGUGGAAACUGCUCCAGAAUGUACCGGGCGGAGAAGCUCCCUAACACGAAUUUGGUGUUUUUAAUCUCUGAUGCAAAGAGUUCCUGCCUCUCCUGCGAUCCCAAACCACUGAGACAAGCCGAACAGCCCUCUACUGGUCCUGACCCAUGUGUGCUGGCCCAGAACCCUCGGUACAGGAAAGGACCGGACGUCUGCUUCGACAACAACGUAGACGAGGAGCCUUUGUGUCGAAUCAGUGGCUCCUCUUCUUUGACCUAUUACCCAUCCAUCAUUUUGCUGCUGCUUCUGCUUUGUGUUUGAUGGAGGACGCGACUGACUGUGGUGGAGGCUGCAGUUUGAGUCCGUCUCUCUGGAUGAUGAUGGCUCUUCAGCUCCUUCUACUCUGGCUGCUUACUGGAACCAGAACAUAUUUGUCCUGACCAGAGCGAAUCUACAGACUAGAAAAAACAACUACUGACUGAACUGCUUACUAUACAGACCAC